UGCCCUGCUUUAAAGAAGGGCAGCAACUCCGAAGACUUCCGCUUACAGACUGCCCACUAUGUGAUUCGGCCACGAAACAAACUCACGUCAACAUCUUUUUUUAAAUUCAGACAAACUCCAACUCAUUCUUUAGGCGCAAACGGUCGAACGAAGAAGAUGUUUCCUUUGCAAAAACAGAUGGUUAACAGCUACAUCACGUCUAACUGUGGAUUUACGGGACACAUCCUCGGCAGCAGAGCGGGAGAGAUGUCCGCGCGCGUGCCUCUGCCGUCCACAUUAGCCUCUCACGUGGCAAACCCCGACCCGUCCGAUCAGCUCAAAAGACCGCAGGACCUCGAGUAUUCCGCGAGGAGGUUUCACGACGUCGACGACGAUGGCUCUCUCCCCAACACCCCGGAGUUGGAGUGCGAGGCCAGCGUUUCCGGCGACAACUCGGGAAUCGACGCUUUAAACGAGGACACCACGGAAUUCCUCACCAAUUUCUUUAGGAACUUUGUUGGAAUUUCUCAGUAUCGGCACCGGGAUAAUAAAUACAUGUCGACCGCGAAAAGAGUGGUGAACGACGUGUUAGAGAAACACAAGAUUACUUACAACGGUAUGAUCGUCAGACUGUCGUUGGACGACCAGGGGGAUGAUAUGUCAUUUGUCAGCAGCGUAGCGAAGAGCCUUUUUGCGGAUGGGACCACCAACUGGGGCCGCAUCGUCAGCCUGCUGGCCUUCGGGGCGGCGGUGUGUCAGUCCUUGAAGGAAAAGGGCAGAGGUCACUGCGUGGACCUGGUCAGUCAGGAGAUCUGCACGUACCUGCUGAGUGAGCAGCGGAACUGGCUGGUCAACAACAACUCCUGGGAUGGUUUCGUAGAGUUCUUUCGCGUUUCAGACCCAGAAACGACAGUCAGGAACACUUUGGUGGCCUUCCUUGGAAUUGCUGGCGUUGGGGCUUUACUGGCCCAGCUUAGUAGGUGAAUUUAUUUGGGACUCCACAUCAUCUUGUAUGGUCUCCAUAUGGCCUUCUUUUUUAAGUCGCAUGAAAGAGGAGCGGUGAUUUGCACCACUGCAACACAGAGAUCCCAGCACGGAUACCAAACCCUUCCCAUUCUGGACUUUUUGCUUUGACCAUGGAUGGACAUUUUCAAUCUCAACCUGCAGAGCCAUUGCCUUGCAUACAGUUUCGCCCUCUACUUCUUGAUUGACUUUUGUUAGCACUGUUUACCUAAAUAAAACUAUUUUUGUGCUGAAACGUA